AGAAGAGGCAAGAAGAAAAUACGAGCGCAACACAUGCACAUGGAAAUGAAUCGUAAGUCAUCUUCGGUGUAUUCUCAUUCUGUAACACAAACACUAUUUUUCGGUGUAUUUGCGACGGGGACGGACCUAGUGAUCUGUAGAGAAGGAUCAGCAUCGCCAUCAGUCGACGUGAAAAUUAUCGGUGACACCAACAAGAAACAGACUCAUCUGCUGUGA